GUCAGGAUAUACACCAAGCAAGUGUUACCUUUGAGCUUGUGUUGAAGCAGGUGUAGUUUGCUAGCAUCUAAGCUAGCUUUAGACACUGCCAACACAUCAGUUUCUAUGGCUGUUGACUUUUGCCUUGGGCUGACCUUGCUCCUCUCUAUGUGGGCAACUGCAAAAUGUGAUGAUCCCAAUGAAGCUAUAAAUAUGGAGUGUCAUGAUCGCUUCUUCGUGAUAGUUGUUGAUCUCGCCUUCACUGGGAAUAAACCCCACUUUGAGGCAGUUGAUGAGAGGGGUGUGUACGCCAUCACUAGGCACAGUGCAGCACAGUGUGGCUACAGUAUCGGUGUUCUCCCUCUGCUUGGACAUGUGGAGCUCCGAGCCUCUUACUUUAGCUGUCACACUGAAAACAAGGAUGACGAAGUCUUCACGUUCAACUUCAACCUGGUUGUUGCAAAUGAAGGAAAGCUUGUCAGCUAUGCCUUGACCAAGACCUGUUCUCCAUCUCUCCCCUGGUCUCCCAGAGAGGUUACCUGUGAGGUCAACUACAUGGAGGUGUCUGUGAAUAGUGAGGUCACCUGUCCAUCUGAGACAAAGAAAGAAGACUGGAAUGCUGCUCUAAAAUCAGCUUAUACCUCAGCAACUUCAGACUGGCAGGUUAUGUUGCACGGCGGUGAGGAGCAGGGGAUGCCAAUGAACCUUUCUGAAGCUCAUGAGCGGGGCUAUUUGUUUGACUUGACGGACAGCAGGCUGGUUUUACGUUCCUCGUAUGGACAACCUGAAUCAUUCAGCACUGAGGUGAAUGGUGUUCCAGUAGAGGCGGUCCAUGCCACUCUGUUCUCCAGACAGCGCUGGCUUGUCCUCAUGGUGGACCUGGUGGCUGCUUGCUCAAUGCAUGAAGGAUCAUAUAAUGACAGCGGCUACAUGAUGUGGGACACUCCUGAGGUGCUGCAUCCGCUGAUGACUAGUCAACAUGAGUCGCAGGUCAAAAUUGGAGUAAACGGUGAACUUGUGGAGGAGCCAGUUGCAGAAGAGAGGGGCUACAUUGUGGAGAAGCAAAAUGCCAUUAUCCAGAUCGGCAUCCCCUAUAAUGCUGAAGGAGCAAUCAGGAAGAGCUUGGUGUCUGGCGACCUCUUCGAAUUCUAUAUCUUUGAUCUGUACUUGGAGCAAAUGUUGUUCGGUGACGACCAGAUGGACACCAGACUUCGUGCUCACAGGACACUGGCUACGCCCCUGCUGCCACACUCUCUCUUCAGUGAAAACAGAACAGUUCCUGAGGAGCGCGUGUUCACGGUGUACCUCGGAGACGUGCCUGAAGACGUGGAGUUGGCGGCUGUUCAUUUGAAUGGACAAAAAUGUAAAGCUCCGUUUACGAAUGAAAGUAGCCUCACCAUCACGAAAGUUAUUAAUCCCAACAACAAUCAUGGCUACACUCUGAAGGUGUCGAUGUUUGACCCCGUUAUCAGGCAGAAGUUCUCCAAAGAAGAUGCAGCCAUGCAGCACACUCUAGAAAUCAACUACACCUUGACAGUUAUGCCUGAAAAUGAGCCUUUUUACCACCUGGCAUCAGUCAUGGCCUUUACUGACGUCUCGCCACCAGUCUUUGAUGCUGUCUGUACGGAGUCUGGCAUCAGCUUCAAGCUGGACCACCGGCCUUUUGACUACCUGUGGGAGAUCACUAUCGACUCAGACCUGCUGACAUCAGAGCUGGCAGACCAGCACGGCUACAUCAUGAGCAACGAUAGCAACAGGCUGCUGCUUGAAGUGCCCCUUCUCAGUCAAGGCUACCAGUAUGAGGGCUUUAAUUUGAAGGGAUUCAUUGGUACGUUCAAGAUUCUCAUUCGGGAUCCUGAAACAUCUGAAGUCCAAAGCUCAGCUAUCAAGAGUUGUUCGUUCACGACUACAGAACUCAUUAUGUGUUCGACUGAUGGGAUGAUGACUGUGGUGGCUGACUUGGCUCUGGCCAUCCCAAAUGGCGGCAAUCCUGCUAGAACCAACCUGAGAGACAGAUACUGUGGCCCCAAAGAGACAGACGGCAGCAGGGCUCUGUUCUCUUUCUCUCUCAACAGCUGUGGAUCCAUAGUCAAGCUCGGCAAGGAGUAUGUGACGUAUGAAAAUGAGAUUUUCUACAGCAAGAAGCUACGUGCUCUGAACAAUCCAGCAGAUCCUAGCAAUGAUAUUGACAGGGUGACGAUACAGUGUUCAUAUCCUCUGUCUGGACUGUUCCGCCUCUUCUCAGUAUACAAGUUUGAGUCUGAUAAAGUCGGUUUUGGUCGCAUUGUUCAUUCUGCGCACUCUCCUGAAGGUCUACUGAGUCCCACCAUGGAGCCCACUACAGUGUUUCAAACUCCAGUGUACACUACCAGACGCUCCAGAAGACCUGUGUCAAUAAGACGUGGGUACCAGCCUCCUGCUAUAUACAUCAAAGUAUCCAGCUUUCUGAAGAACCUUCCCAAGAAAGGAGCCAAAGGACAAUUGCAAACUAAAUUGAAUCCAUUUAUUUCUUUGUAACUACAUGUGUUUUUUAAAUGUAAAGCUUAAUAAAUUUGUCUUUAAAAUUCUU